AUGGCAGCCUCCUCAAGAUCCAAGCCAAACCUAUGGCACAUGGCGCUGUCGAAGCUGCCUGAAGAAAAGCAAGUCGCUUUGCGAUCAGGGUUCGGUUCGUCAGAAAAGUCCGACGUGCACGCUCUGACAGCUGUAGUAACCCAAGUGCGGCAGCGAGCGCUCUUGGAGCGAUGGAAGAUCAAAUCGCACCAUGGGGAGGUUGCUGUCUGA